CGCACGCACCACAUCGCGGCUCAACUCGCUCACCUAUCGUGCUCGAGGAAAAAAGUGAAAAAUUUAAAUUUCCUCAAAAAAUUUCCAACGUCAUAAAAAAGUGAAAAUUUCUUCGUUAGUGCUUCAAAAAUUGUUUCGGACUUUAUUCGUACUCGAGUGAAAAACCGGACAAUUUUUUCUCUCACAUCGGACGGGUGUCCGACGGAGACGGCGGCCGGGUUCAACCAGCGCACCCCUGACGUCGGUCGGGGUUGUCGGGGCGGCGAGUGGACGAGCCGGUAGAGGGCAGUCGCGUCUAGUGGGCAGGUCCAGAGAUUGUGUGUGCGCACUUGUAUCAUAUCCAUAUUUAUGUGCCGGCGAGCACCAAUGAGAAGCGGCCUCGGCGGGCUCUCCCCUCUCCUGGCUGGCUGGCCCCGUGUUUGACUCGCCGAGAAUAAGAUUAUCAUAAGCAGUCACCAAUAUUGAUAAUCAUAGCCAGCGGCAGCAGCGGCCGGAGCAGUGGUGUGUGUCUGUGCCGUCCGUGUGUGUCCGAGAAGAGAGCCCGUGCGUUGCCAGUGCAGUGCGCGAGGGGGUGCCUUCGAGGUUGAGGUGGAACACACAAUACACACACACACACAGACACUGCUGCCAGCAACAAUAUAUAUUAUAUGAGCGGUUAUCAUACAGCAAGAAGACUUGCGCAGUGCAACUGAGAAACUGUAUUGGUGGUCAAAAAAAUUUGCAGCCUGCAAGAAUAAGAAGAAACGGAAAGAUGAGGAUGUAGUCAGCACUCCGCCGCGGGACACACAUCACACCGUAUAUCGCUGCUCCGAGAGACUUGCAAGUUUUUGGAACCUUUUUCGCAAUCAGUGUCACCCAACAUGUGCUUCUGAUCGCACGCGGCUCGUGCUGUGCAGGACUCUUUCCAAAUUAUUAGACUUUGAUUUUCGGACCGACCUGCAAAAUCAUCAUGUCGCGCAGGAAGCAGGCAAGACCCAUCAGGGUGCUCGAACCGGAAGAUGCCCUGCAGACCGGCCUCGCAGAACCAGCCGAACCUGGUACCAGCAUAUUGGGUGCAAUAAAUGAAAACUCGUGCUCGGCCUCGGAAGAUGACGGCGCAGAGAGCGAGGACAUGCAGGACGCAGACCCGAACAGCGAGCGCUCUUGCCGCCGCUGCAAAGUCGACUUCACAAAUCUGGCGGCCUACAUGGCUCACAAGCCGACGUGCGCCAAGCUCGUCGACGACGAAGAACCAAUGGUUUCCUCUGGCGAAGAAGUCGAGGAUGAGAAGCGCGAUGGAGGCGAGGUGUUGAAAAGACGUCGCCUGCAGGACGCCGAAAACAACAACGGUGCCCCCACCAACCCUGGAAAGGAGGACGCUGAAGAGUUUGACCCGAGCAAAAUGGCCAACGUCAUGGGUCUCGCUCCCUUGCUGAACCUCUCGACCAGCGGGGCGGCGGCAAAUCCCGCCGCGGCCCUGGCCUCCCUCUCGAGCGGACUGCCCGGAGCCGCCGGUCUGUUCACCAACUCGGUCACCCUGGAGGCCCUGCAGAACACAAAGGUGGCCGUGGCGCAGUUUGCGGCCACCGCCCUGGCCAACAGUGCAAACAACCCUGCAGCCCUGCAGGAACUGGCCGUGCUCCAGUCCACUCUGUACACCCUGCAGCACCAGCAGAUGCUCCAGAUGAACCUGAUCCAGCAGCUGCAGCAGCAGCUCACCCUGAACAGGGACAGCAAAGAGGGCAGCCCGGUGUCGCCAGCGUCAAUUCCCAGGUCCCAGCAGGACGACAUUCUCACGCCACCGUCACCACCGAUGUCAAUUCCCUCCAGUCUACCCUUGUCCUCGGCCAACGUCCCCAUGCAGACGGCCAGUUUUCACCGCGAAAGGGAGCGAGACAAAGACCGCAUAAUGCAGCCGUCACCUUCGUCUCAGGGCACGGCCCUUCCAGCCACCUCUCUUCACAAGCCCAUGUCCAGGGCCCAAACAAUCUCCCACGCAGACACACCCAUCAUCGCCAAACCUCCCAUGAAGGAAUCCCCCCGGAUGCCCUCCCCACCGACCACUUCGGCGCCGUCGUGCGUUUCCAACUCGAUCAUCCCCCCGCAUCCGUUGCACCACCAGACGGGAGGAGUGACCGGAUGUUCCAUCUCGGCGUCCCUGGCCGCCAGCAUCAUCACCAACACCGAGCCUCUGCCGUCACUGGACGAGCCCAAUUCGCUGGAGAUGCUGCAGAGACGCGCCCAGGAAGUGCUGGACAGCGCCAGUCAGGGCCUGCUGGCCGGCAACCUGGCCGACGAGUUGGCCUUCCGAGGCAGCAGCGGCUCAAAGAGCGGCAAGAACGGCGACGGCAAACGCGGCAACGAGCCCUUCUUCAAGCACCGCUGCCGCUACUGCGGCAAAGUGUUCGGUUCGGACUCGGCGCUCCAGAUCCAUAUCCGCUCGCACACAGGUGAGCGACCGUUUAAAUGCAAUGUUUGUGGUAGUCGUUUCACCACGAAGGGCAAUCUGAAGGUUCAUUUCCAAAGACACACGUCCAAGUUCCCGCAUAUUAAAAUGAAUCCAAACCCCAUCCCCGAACACUUAGACAAAUACCACCCACCACUGUUAGCGCAAUUACAUCAAAACAACCCUUCGUCGUCGUCGCCACCCUUGAUUUCCUCUCACCCAAUCAUCGGCUCCAGCCUGCCGCCCUUCCCGCCGCCGUCGCAGGCAACCUCCUCGCACCCACCCUCCAUCCCCAUUCCCUCUUCGCACCACUUUCGGGCCAACUCGCACCCUCUGUUGAACACCUCCACCCUGGUUGCACCAAUUCCUCCGCCGGCCGCCAACAUUCCACCGACGCAGGCCCAGCAACACCUGCCGCUCUCGCUGCACCACCACCUCAAACGGGAGCUCUACCAGCCCGAGCAGGACGUACCUGAAAACCUGAGCAAACCGGCGCCGCGGCCCUCGAGCAUCGCGAGCUCCGCCUCGCCUCCGCUGAGCGCGCGCGUCAAAGCGGAGGCCGUUUACUCGGACGACGAGGAAAACGAGAAACGCACCAGCGAGGACCCCCUAACAACCCCCUCACCCAGAAACACCACCCCCAACCACGACAACCGACCUCCCUCGUCUAACCCGCCCUUUCUCGACGAGGAACUGAGCGCGGGCGGCCGCAGCAGCAGCCGCGCCGGCGACUUUAGCGAAGAGGACGCCGUGCCCGGAGGAGGAGGAGGAGAACCUUCUCCAGCGGCGUUGGUCGUCGACCACGACGAGUCUUCGCAGAGAUCGCUGCUCGCCCAGGCCGUCGGCAGACACGAGCAGCCCGAGAACCUCAAUGAGUCGUCGCCCCUGCCCUCGCCCGCCCUGGCGCGGUCCUGCGGCAGCCCCUCGGAGAGCAACUCGCUCGGGGCGCUCGACCUGACGCCCAAGAUCUCAAACUCGCCGCCCACGAGCGUGAUGAGCAGCAGCUCGGCGCCCAGCAGCGUCACGCCGUCAGCCCUGUUCGCCUCCCCGCCGGCGCUGAGUCUGCCCCCGCACCUGGCCAACGGCAAUUUCGCAUCGGCCGCCGCCUCGGCGGCCGCCUUAUUGGCGCGACUGCCGCCCAUGCACGGGCCUCCAGGUGGUCCCAAUGUUACAGUGCGCGGCAACACGACGUGCAACAUUUGCUUCAAGACGUUUGCCUGCAACUCGGCUCUCGAGAUCCACUACCGGAGCCACACCAAAGAGCGCCCCUUCAAGUGCACCAUUUGUGACCGCGGCUUCUCGACCAAGGACGGGGACGCCACCCUGACUAACUCGCCCCGUCUCACUCACCCCCACUCACCCAACCCCGCUCCUUGCGUCUGUGACCAGUGGCGUAUCCAGCACCCUCCUGACCCCAAAUCAAAACGCCCCAAAAUCCCGACCAGAGUCAAGAGAAAACACGCUCUCGGAAAUACGGCCAGAUUCCCCUACUCCCAUCUCAACCUGUUCUUUGACGCUGGAUAUGCUACUUCACCACUAGCAAGGCACCACCUUCCGGGCAACAUGAAGCAGCACAUGCUGACCCACAAGAUCCGCGACAUGCCGCAGCACCUCUUCGACACGAGCAACAAGUCGCGCGACCUGAUGCACGCCAGUCAGAUGAUGUCGCACGGCCACCGGCCCUCCCUGAUGCAGCAGCAACAGCAGCCGCCGCCGCCCCAUCCGCAGCCACCGAUGCACCUCACAAUGCCGCCCCUGCAGAACUGCAGCAACAGCAACUCGGAGGACGGCUUGGAAGACAAGGCGCCGUUGACGCCCACCUCAGACUCACACAUCAGCGCCCGCUCGCCCGACCUGGGCCUCAAGAGGUCGCCCCCGGAGGAUGACCUGCCCAUGGCAAAACGACCUUCUGGCUUGCACAAGCACUUGUGCCACGUUUGCAAUAAGAACUUCUCCUCUUCGUCCGCCCUGCAGAUCCAUAUGCGUACGCACACCGGAGACAAACCCUUCAAGUGCACCGUCUGCCAAAAGGCCUUCACUACCAAGGGAAACCUUAAGCAAUGCUUGCAGGUGCACAUGGGCACCCACAUGUGGAACAACGGCGCCUCCCGCCGCGGACGCCGCAUGUCGCUCGACCUGCCGCCCAUCCCGAUGACGCCCAAGGACUCCGAGUUUCUGCAGCGACGACCUGACCUCUUCUACCCCUACCUGCCGGCGCCCUUCCUCAACGGAAUGCAGCAAAAGCUGAACGAAAUCUCCGUGAUCCAGUCGUCGACGCCGCCGGGCGGUCUGCCGUCGCCCCCAAACAAGUACGGCCACCAUCUCGGCUUCCCUGGGCUAGGGCAGCACUUUGACAAGCCUCUGGGUCUGACCUCUGGCGAGGUGUCGCGAUCGCCGUCGCCCGAAGACAAGUCGUCGCCGCUGUCCCUGGUGCGUCACGCCGCGUCCCCGCCGACCGCCUCCGCCUGGGACAUGCACUACCGCCGCCUCUCGCCUGCCGAGCGCAACGGGGGCGGUUCGCCGCCGUCCACGCAGCAGGGCAUCAUGUCGUUGUCGCCGUCGCCGCCGGCCCAAAACAACUCCGAGGCGCCGCAGCACCGCGGCGAGUCGCUGGUCGCCUGAGCGCCACCUCCACAUAUCUCUCUCUCACUCUCGGUGUUUUAAGAAAAAGGACAAUUUACAAUUAAAAAAAAAAAAAAAUGAAAAA